GAGUGGCUGCUGCCUUAGAGGGGUGGCCUUUGAAUCGCUCUGUAGUACAGCGGAGGGAGGCACUGUCGUACUGUCUAGCUGCAGCAGCGCAGCAACAGCAGCAGCAGCAGCAGACUGUUCUUGCGCUCCUUAGCACCAUCAGACGUUGCUUGUUCCGGCUCUUUCUUCUCUGUGGUGCUCGUAGCAGCUGUACCAGCAGGUGCCGCAGCAGCAGCAGCAGCAGCGACAGCGGAUCCAGCAUCAGCGGUGGGGAGGGUAGGAGCAGCAGCAAUAACAGCAGCUUAGGCACUCCGCUACGCAUUGCUUUUAAGAAGAGCACAGGACAGCUGCGACUGCCUCUUCCGCUGCGCUCAGCAGAAGCAGCAGCAGCAGCAGCCCCGAUGCCUCUGGCGCCGAAGGGCUGGCGACAGUUGCUGCAGAUUGCAGCAGCAGCAUUGUCUAACGAAGUUGUCUACUGCAGCAGGCCUACAGGGAGGUACGUGCGGUUGCUGCUGCUGCCAUUUGCGGAAGAAGAGCUGCAGCAACAGCAGCAACAACCCUACAUGCCCCCACGCACCGCAGCAGCUGCGGCAGCUGCGGCAGCUGCAGCGGUUGGAGCACUUUGGUCUUGCCUUUCACAGUUGCUUAACUCGGGCUCGGGUUGGCGGUGUGUGAGCCGUGCCGUCCCGAAUGUUCCUGCUGCUGGAGCUGCUGGUGCGCACCCAGCAGCAGCAGGAACAGCAGCACAUACUGCUGCUCCAAGUGCAGUAGGUGCCCCAUCUUCGCUCAACCAGCAGCAGCUGAGCAGCUACACACCGGCGUUGCUUCCGGCUGCUGCUGCGAGGCUGCUGGCCCCCCAGCUGCAACCACAGCAGCAGCAACAACAGCAGCAGAUGCUCUAUUUGCAGCAACAGCAGCUCCUGAUGCAGCUCUGCGGCGGCCGCGGGUUGCCCAACAGUCGGGAGGACACGCGCUUCUUACUUCAGCAGCAACAGCAGCAGCAACAGCAACAGCAGCAACAGCAACAGCAACAGCAGCAACAGCAGCAGCAGCAACAGCAACAGCAACAGCAGCAGCAACAACAACAGCAGCAGCAACAGCUAGGAUACUUGACUGGCAUGCAGCAGCAGCAGCAGCAGCAGCAGCAGCAGCAGCGUCUGCAGGAGGAGCAGCAGCAACAACACUCGUCUAUGCAGGGGAAGCCGCCGCAACACCUGGGUCAGCAGCUGAGUCUGCCUAUGCCGCUGCCCCCGCAUCAGCACCAGAAGCAGCAGCAGCAGCAGCAGCAGCAGCAAGUUCGUGCUUCAGCCUAUGCUUAUUCGCGUCAAGCCAGUCCAGCUAGCCGUCGGUCUUGGUCGGCGAGUCUCUGGGCCAACACAAGUGCCCCUCUCAGCCGCCCAGAACACCCUCAACUCCCUGCGUCUCAGUUUAUGUUCCUGUUCGAGUCGGACGCCGCGGAAGGCGCUGCUGCUGCCGGCAGCAGCGAAGUUAAAGAAGAAGAACUCAGCGGCUUCUUAGAUUUGUCCUUCUUAGCAGGCAGCACCCCUGUUGUCUGCAGCAGCAACUGCAGCUCACAGCAGCAGCAGCAGCAGCAGCAGCAGGGUGCGGCAGAUAUCCUUCCCCUCUCCCCGCAUGAACUUCACCAGCAGCAGCAACAGCCGAGACUGUCCCCACCACGCAGACACACGCCACAGCAGCAACAGCAACAACAGCAGCAGCAGCAGCCGGUCUUGCGCAUGUCAGACAGGGCAGCGGCAGUGGAAGCCCUGCGGCAGCAGCAUGCGGCUGCUGCCGCAGCUGCUGCAGUGUUGAACAACCCUAUCAGAUUGCCUCCUUUGCGACAGCAGUCUGACGUUGAUGAUGAGUUGCAGCAGCAGCAACAACAACAGCAGCAGCACCAAGGAGCGUUAAUAAAUGGCAAAUGGUGCGUUUGCAUGGAAGUACCGCCUCCGCCUUCUGCCCCUCUUCCUUCUCCUCAUUUGCUGCUGCUUCACCAGCGCCAAGCUGCUGCGCUUGCAGAGCAGCAACAGCAACAACAGCAGCAGCAGCAGCAACAGCAGCAGCAGCAUGGGAUGAUGCCACCAGUAGGGGAGCCGCGCUACCGGGAAGAAGCUCUGCGACAUAUGGGAGGCGGACUCUCUCCUUUGCCUCUUGCUGGCGUCAGCUGCUUCGGCAAUGAAGGACCGAUGCUGCAAUCUGCUGCUGGCAGCCCCGCUGCUGCCGCUGCCGGCGCUGCUGCGCAGGUGUACGCCUCCCUCAACAGGCAGCAACAGUUCCCAGCAGCAGCAAUGCAUGCAGACCAGGACAUUCCCAAAGCCCCUGGCAGCAGCAGCAACAGGCUGACACAUCUUUACCUCGAGCAGCAUAAAUCUGCAGCGGCCUCACGCGGGGUCGCAGCAGCAGAUGCAGCCCUCAGCAGCAGCAACAGCAGUAGUAACAACAGGCCGCCGACCGAUAGAAUGCUCGUCGCGCCUGCAGCUGCAGCAGCAGCGGCAAGCUCCCUGAGCGACUCGAGAGCAGCAGAGCUGCAGCAGCACUCGGGUGCUGCAGCUGCCUGGGCAGACCCACGCACAGGCCAGCAGCAGCCUCCCUAUGGUAGGCAGCAGUAG